GCAAUCCUUCGCACGCAUGUGCAUUCGUGUGGUAUGCAAUGUUGCCAUGUGUUCUGUCUUAACGUGCAGUGUGUUCAGUUGCAUGCAUGGCGUUGGGCAGAGGUGGUCGGCGUUGUUCUGUACGGUGGUGCGCUGGUAUGCAUUAUGUGGAAUCGCUUUUCUUUGUAUGGCAUGGAUCUGUUUUGCGUUAUGCUGACUCAAACUGACACGUUGCUCACGUAGCGCUCACCCUGUAGGCCAGAAUUGCAUCGCAAGGGGUGCGUGCUUGAAGCAUUGGUUGUCUAAUGGGUUGCGCCUGUUGUGCGAGAUGUUGACGCUGUUCGCAGUGAUCGCGGACGCUACGGAGACCUGCCCCGCAGAGGGCUGCGCGGACGUCGGGGCGCGGCUCUGGGACCAGAUGGGCUGCAGGGGCUGCGCGCUGAGCGGCGCCGAGGUGCGGCAGCUCCCCACGGGCGAGCGGGGCAUCUUCGCCGCGCGCGACCUGCCGCAGGGCCACACCGUGCUGAGCGUCCCGGUGGAGCUGCUGGUGACCGUGUACCGCGCGGCGGCCACGCCCCUCGGCAGGGCGGUGCUGGCGCUCCACGAGGAAGAGCCGUUCGGCGACCUGGACGGGCUGCUGCUGACGGCCUGGCUGCUGCACGAGGGGGCGCUCGCCGAGAGCGAGUUCGGCGCGUACCUCGGCUCCCUGCCGUCCAGCUUCCCGGGGCUGGCCUUCAACUUCUCGGAGGCGGAGGUCCACGCCUGUGCCGGGGGCCUUGCCGUGGAGGACUACGUGCUGUCGCGCAGGAAGCUGCUGGACGCCGAGUUCGCGCGCCUGCGGGCCCUGCAAGAGGCAGGCGACCUGUCGUUGGAGCGCUUCCUGCGGGCCCGCUUCGCCGUGUUCAGCCGCACCUUUACGCUCUCGCGGAUGCGGCUCAACUUCGACGUCCAGAUGAAGAUGGGCAAGCUCUGGGCCACGAGCUCCAAGCACGGCCUCGGCGGCGACGCCGGGAAGGACGAAGCCAUGGCCCUCAUUCCCCUCGCGGACAUGAUCAACCACGCCGCGGGCGCAGGCGGCAACGCCAAGUGGAAGUACGAGGGCCUGGGCUCUGGCUUUGAGAUCAAGACCCGGCGCGCGAUCACCGCAGGCGACGAGCUGCUCCUCAACUACGGGGACAAGGGCAACGACAUGCUCCUGGCGCACUACGGCUUCGCCGUGCCGGGGAACCGCCACGACAAGCUGGACCUGACGCUGGCCCUCGGCGGCGCCGCCGGGGACGGGGCCGCCGCGCACCCCCUGAGCCUCCGCGGCGACCGCCCCGCCGACGUCGAGACCAUCGAGGCGCUGCUGGAGGCGUGCCGCGCGGUUGCUGCGGCGCGCGCGGGCGCCGGCGCGCGGCGGACGCCGCCCGAGGCGGAGGCGGCCGCGCUCCGGGUGCUGCUGGGCUCCCUGGACGAGGCCGCCGCGCCGUUGAGGCCUCCCGAGGGGUGCCCCGCCGCCUGCGCCGUGUACCGCCGCAGCCUCCUCGCCCUCCUAGCCACCUGGCGGGUCUUCGCGGAGCGCGCGCUCGGCCUGCUGGAGCCCGGCGGCGGCAGCGGCGCGUGGGAUGCCAGCGGGGCCCCCGAGCCGCACCUCCUCCACGCGCGGCUCUACUUCGGCGUCUGGUUCCGCAGCAGGGGGAAGCGCCUCGUGGUCCCGGAGCGGCUCGGCGCAGAGCUGCUGCGCCGCGCGCAGGACUUCGGCGGCGUCGGCUACGUGGACACGCUCGCGGACGUCGAGAGUGCCGACGCCCACCUCCUGCGGUGCUUUGGGUAUUUUGUACGUUCCAGCAGCGUGGCUUUCCUGGACGACCUCUGGGAGGAGAUUGCGGACGGCUUCAUUCCGUGUGCCAUCUGUGAUAGCCGUGGCCACUGCAAGGCGCACUGCGACCCCGCCUUCGAUUGGGACAUGCAGCCUCUCGCGUCUGAGGUCGCUGGCCUCACUGGCAGCAUCGGCAUGGGCAAGAGCACCGUCUCGAAGUGGUUUGCACAGAUGGGCGUGCCCGUUAACGAUGCCGACGCGGUCGUGCAUCAGCUCUACGCCCCAGGGGGCGCAGCCGUCGUCCCCGUGAGGGACCUGUUCGGAGCGGAAGUCGUCGGCGAGGAUGGCGGCAUCCACCGCCCGGCCGUGGUUGGCGAGGCGAAUUCGGAGAACCUGAAGAAGGUGGAGGCCAUCGUAUUUCCGCUCGUCGACCGGGCGCGCGACGCGUUCAUCGAGUCGGCCACCGAGCGGGGGGAGCCAUUGGUCGUGCUGGAC